GUCGGGAAUUGGUGACACUGACUAUUACACUCUGAACGGUGUCGCCACGGAGCGGACAAUUCUUUCGGUUUCCCAUAAGUCGUAAACAUGGCUCUGACCGUAACAAAGAAAGCCAAAGGCUCAAGUAGCAAAAAACAAGCCCUUCGUGGUAAGGGCCAAAAAAAGAAAGUAUCUCUAAAGUUUACGAUCGACUGUACGCAUCCUGUGGAGGAUAAUAUUAUGGAUGUAGCCAAUUUUGAGAAAUACCUUCAAGAAAGAAUAAAAGUCAGCGGGAAAACAAACAAUUUUGGAAACAAUGUUACCAUUGAACGUAACAAAAUGAAACUUUCUGUUAACAGUGAUAUUGAUUUUUCUAAACGAUAUCUCAAAUACUUGACAAAGAAAUAUUUGAAAAAGAACAAAUUGCGUGAUUGGUUACGUGUAGUGUCACAAGAUAAAGAGACCUACGAGUUGCGAUAUUUCCAGAUUAAUAGUCAGGAAGACGACGACGAGGAGGACGCGGAGUAAAAUUUUAUUUUACAAACUAUUGCAGAAAAUUCUGUACAUAUUUCUAAAAAUAAAAUCAUAAAAAAAU